AUGGAAAGUAAUGAUACAACUGAUAUGUUAUUUAAACAAGUUGAUACAAAUCGAGACGGACGUAUUGAUAAAAAUGAAUUCCAUAAUUGGGUUUCAAAUACUGAAGGAUUGACUUCAUCAUAUGAAUCAACAACUAAUGCACUUAAUCGUUAUGAUGAUACUGUUAGUCGAUUUGAUCGAUAUAAAUAUAAAGAUAGUUUUCAAGAUGAUUUAGGAUAUACGACUGAUAAAUAUACUUCAUAUGGAAGUAGGAGAUGGAUUGAUGAUACGGUGAUUAAUACAAAUAGUUUAGAAGAAACCAAUCAUUAUCUGGCAAAAUCAGAUACGAGUAUUUAUAAGGAUUCUAAUCCAAAAAUUAUUCGACGAGCAAGAAGUGAAAGUCCAGCAACACUAGAGCAACGAGUUCUUGUUCGAUUUCUUCAACCACCAGCUGUUCCACCACCAGGCCCACUCAUUAUUAAAGAAGUGCGUACACCACAACCAUCGCCACCUCCACCACUUGUCAUACACGAACAUGCGCCACCUCUUCCUUCACCACCUCCACUUAUCUUACGUGAACGACCACCAACACUACCGAAACAUAUUCCUAGCGAAACAAUUAUCCGUACCUUACCUGUUAUACCUGCUCCACCACGAUCAGUUGUCAUCGAACGUUUUCCACCUCCUCCAAAAAAACCCCGCGAUAUUAUAAUUGAACGAUGGAUUUCCUAUGGACCUCAACCUGAACGCCGUACAAUUGUUGAACACGCUCCUCCUGCUAUAGAAUAUUCAAAACCAUCUAAUACUAUAAUUAUUUAUUCUGCUGCUCAAACACGUAUAGUUCGAAAAUAUCAAGAACUUGGUGUUACCCAAGAAAAUCCUGAAGCUUAUAGAGCUCGUUAUGGGUCAUCACUGUUAGAUCCAGUAACACUAGUUCAACAAGCUCGCAACGCUGGUGUUAUUGAAGAUAUAGUAAGCUUUAUCCAAAAACAAAAUACCUUCAGAAAAGAAACGAUAUAA